CACCAUUGAGUUCAUAUAUCGAGUAUAGCGCCAAGCGACUCUUGAGAAACUCGAAAAGCAUUCAGAAAAAGCUUGCGCUAGUUACCAGUGCAUUUUAGAGAAUAGCUCGCUUUGUGCCAGGUAUCACAAGAGGCAUUGGUAGUAAAUCUCGAUAUCCAUGUCCAGUCUUUGUUGGUCCUUUAACGAGGCAAGGGCAUUGCAGUACGGAAAGUUGAGCCUCUAUACUUUUGACAUGCUGUGCCUUCUUUUCCUGGUACUUUAUUUUCAGAAUUUCAUUACACUAGCACAGCUAAUAAUGGUCAAAGGACUGGUAGAAUCAAUGUCGCUUUGGUAUGCCACUCUUUACUUUAGUUGUACGAAUGGUCUGAGCUCACUGAGGAGUGACCCUUUAUAUAUACAGGCGUGCUACUAGUACUUACCAGAUGAAUAACCGAGGGAUAUGAACAUUAUAGAAUGACCAUCAUCUACUACAAUGUUAACAAUAUAACGCAGUC